GAGCGCGGGCGCCAGUUGCCUCCUUUUAAAGUUUGAGGGGCGGUGGUGGCGGCGGCCGGCAGGCGCGGGGGAACACAGGGGCCGCUACGGGAGCCGCGCCGCCGCCCAUGUCAUUCCACUUCAAGUGACUUCAUGUGAUGUCAGCUGAAUGUAAAAGACAGUGAUCUCACGCGGAGGGGAAGAUGUUUGCCAUCAAAAUGUGACAGAAGAGACACGCUGCAUGGCUCGGAACGCAUCUCCUUGGUGGUGGGGGAAAGAGUUUUCCCCCCUGCCUUUUCCGGAAUGCAGACUUAGAGGAGAGAGGCUGCGCCCUGGCCCAGCCUGGCUCAGCUCAGCUCCGCGCGCCAUGGCAAGCUCGGCUUCCCUGGAGACCAUGGUGCCCCCGGCCUGCCCGCGCGCCGGAGCGUCGCCGGCCACUUCCAAGACACUGGCCUUUUCCAUCGAGCGCAUCAUGGCCAAGACGUCGGAGCCCCGCGCGCCCUUUGAGCCCCGGCCUGGAGCGCUAGAGGCGGACGGCAGCCAGGGCAAGAAACUGCUCAACCUCUGCUCGCCGCUGCCCUGUAUGAUCCCCCUCCAGCCCCUAGGCUACGAGGUGCCGUCAAAGACACUGCUCAGUUACUCCGAGCUCUGGAAAAGCAGCCUCCGGGCGGGCGGCGGCGGCGGCGGAGGCGGCGGCGGUGGCGGCGGCGGCGGCGGCGGGGGGGCCCCAGUGUGCGGCGCCAGCGGCUUGUGCAAAACCAACUGUGGCGUGUGCUGCAAGGCCGAGCUGGGCCUGGCGCCGUCUGCGCUGCCCGCGGGCAGGGUCAUCAAGCCGCAGGUCAUCAACCAGGCUGUGGGGCUGCCGGCCAGCGGCUCACUCUACUACUUCAACUACCUGGACUCGACCGCGUACCCGCCGUCUGAGCUCCUCAGCGGCCACCUCUUCCCGUCUGGCCUCCUCAAUGCGCAGGCCCCCGCCGCCCUGGCUGCUCACCCCAAGCUCUUUCUGCUGGAGAACGCCAAGCUGGCUGGCUUGGCUGCGGACAAGUUCCCCCAUCCGGCUCCCUAUCCCCAUAAGGAGCGCUUGCCGGCGCCACUGGAGCAGGUACUGAAGGAGAACUCCGCCCUGACUGCCGAGCGCGGAGGCGUCAAGGGCCACAGCAAGCUGCCAGGGGGCUCCGCAGAUGGCAAGCCCAAAAACUUCACCUGCGAGGUGUGCGGCAAGGUGUUUAAUGCUCACUAUAACCUCACCCGCCACAUGCCGGUCCACACCGGAGCCAGACCGUUCGUGUGCAAAGUCUGCGGCAAAGGCUUUCGCCAGGCCAGCACGCUCUGCAGGCACAAAAUUAUCCACACCCAGGAAAAGCCGCAUAAAUGCAACCAGUGCGGCAAAGCCUUCAACCGCAGCUCCACGCUCAACACGCAUAUCCGCAUCCACGCGGGCUACAAGCCCUUCGUCUGCGAAUUUUGCGGCAAAGGCUUUCACCAAAAAGGGAACUACAAGAACCACAAGCUGACCCACAGCGGCGAGAAGCAGUACAAAUGUACCAUCUGCAACAAGGCCUUCCACCAGGUCUACAACCUAACCUUCCAUAUGCACACCCACAACGACAAGAAGCCUUUCACGUGCGCCACUUGCGGCAAAGGGUUUUGCAGAAACUUUGACUUAAAGAAACAUGUGCGCAAACUCCACGACAGCGUGGGCCCUGCUGCCCCCUCCGCAAAGGACCUGACUAGGACAGUGCAGAGCUGAGAGCUACUGCCUUGCCCUUCCUUCCCUCCCUGUACCACCUGAAAACAGAUCACACAUAUAAACUUAUUUCUAAAAUUAAAAGAAAAAAAAAAACUAUAGCAGAGAGGCUAAAAUCUAUUUAUCGAAACCAGCAUAUUUUUGGAAAGCUAAAUGUUUCCUCGAUGACUGGCAGCAAACUCGUGGCCCCCACCUUUGUAUAUUCAGGAAACUUAUUUAAAUCCAGUGCGCCGAAACGUAUUUAAUUCCAGGCCUCCGCUUCUCCUGGGGCAGCCAGUUUUAACCCCAGCCUGUCACCGUGAGCGCCCCAGAAGAGCGCGGCGCCCCUAACCAUCUUUAUACAGCCAUGUAAAUCCUCCUGUACAAGCGAACACGGAAUAUAUACGUAUAUAACUCAAUAAACAGAAUCAUUAG